AUGGCGUUUCGGACAGCGAUUUCGAGGAGAGUCCUGAUGUCGAGCUCGGCAGUUGGAGCGCGAUCCAAGACGUCGUGGUGGAGAAACGUGGAGCCCGCUGCGAAAGACCCAAUUCUAGGCGUCACCGAAGCUUUUCUGGCAGAUCCUAGUCCCGACAAAGUCAAUGUAGGAGUCUUGGUAAAGUGGGUUUUUGGGUGUUUUGUGAAGGGUGCUUAUCGUGACGACAAUGGAAAACCAGUUGUUCUCGAAUGCGUCAGAGAAGCAGAGCGGAGGAUUGCCGGAAAUCUGAACAUGUGA